ACGGAGUCGAAAUCUGAAGAUAUAUAGAUUGAGACUAAAGUGUCUAACCUAUUACUAAAUGUAGCAUUGAGUGUAGAUUAGAAAGUCAUUAACUAUUAGCUCAUCAAAUGACUUCAUCAUUAUCUGUUAUUCAACGUCUGGUGAACAUUUUAUUUGGGUUACUGAUGGUGAUCUAUUCAUUAGAAGCAGAAGAAGUAGUAGCAACAAGAGUAGGAACGGCAGCAACAACAUCGGUAAGUAUUGUUAAUGGUACCAGUAGUAGUAUGAUAGCUAAAGAAGGCUGCCAAGAUAGAUGUGGUAGCGUAAUGAUUCCGUACCCGUUUGGGAUGGGUAAUAGUAAUUGUUACCGUGAUGUUAGAUUUAAGAUCUCAUGCAAUUACUCUAAUAAUGGUCCAGUUGCUCUUUUAAAUGGUGAUAGGUAUCAAGCUUUGCAAAUCACGCUAGAGUAUGUUCGUAUUAAUGUAUUAGCACCUAUACACUGUGGCUAUGGUAGUAAUGUUACCAAUACCUCGUAUAUUGUUAGCGACAUACCAUUCCCCGUUUCCAACACUUCCAAUAAGUUAACAGUACUUGGUUGCAACAUUUUCGGUUCUGUGACAGUCUCCUUGCAAGCUGAUCAAGUUGAUUCAUCAGCUUCCGGACUUGGAGACCGUUUUAAAGGGUGUCCAUCCCGUUGCGACAAGCACACAGCUGUUCCUCCGUCUCAUUGUUCCGGUUAUGGUUGUUGUAAGACAAGAAUUCCGAAUGGACUAACAUCUUACACCGUAAAAACAAGUAGUCUCGCGGUUGACACUCAUGAUUCCACGAGUUAUCCAUGUGUCCGUGCUUUUGUGAUCGACCGUGAGUUUUCUAAGGUUGAGAGGUUACUGUCGUCUAAGAGUGAUUCUUUUGUACCUGUGAUCUUGGAUUGGGCGAUAAAUGACGUCAUGACAUGCAAAGAAGCUCAAACAUAUCGUAGCUCGUACGCAUGUGGCAGAUAUUCUGACUGCCUUGAAUCUCAGAGUGGACCUGGCUAUCACUGCAAAUGUUCAAAAGGCUAUGCAGGAAAUCCAUACCUUCUCGAUGGAUGUCAAGAUAUUGAUGAAUGUAACGAACCAGACAAGUGCGGAAAAGAUGUUAUUUGUAUCAACACGCCGGGAAGCUAUAGAUGUAGUUGUCCACCAGAUAUGAAAUUAGAAAUCUUCGAGCUCGGAAAUUAUUGCACACCUGAUGAACAAAGAUUGUUAGCUGAUCAGAAAAACAAACGAAGACUUCAUAAUAUUGUUGUCAUUGCAUCAUCAGGUAUUGGAGGAAGCAUAAUUGUAAUACUUCUGAUUGCGAUUGGCUAUUGGUUAUACAGAAGAUUUAAGAGGAGAAAGCAAAUUAAACUAAAGCAGAAGCACUUCGAGAGAAAUGGUGGGUUGUUGUUAAAGCAAAAGAUCACUUCAAAUGAUGGUAGAGUUGAAAAGGCAGCUAAAAUAUUCGUAAUUGAAGAACUGAGGAACAUGACAGAUAAUUUCAACCCAAAUAGAAUCAUCGGCUAUGGCGGUCAUGGUACCGUUUAUAAAGGCAUGCUACCAGGUGGAGAAAUAGUUGCCAUAAAGAAAUCUACGAUGGUUGAUGAAACCCAAGUUGAUCAGUUCAUCAACGAAGUCGUUAUUCUUUCGCAAAUAAAUCACAGGAACAUAGUGAAGCUGUUAGGAUGUUGUUUAGAAACUGAGGUUCCUUUGCUGGUUUAUGAGUUUGUCUCUAUCGGAACCCUCUCAUACCAUCUCCAUGUGGCGCAAGAAGAUGGCGAAUCACUGCUGUCAUGGAAGGUUCGUGUAAGAAUCGCAUCUGAGAUUGCAGGAGCACUUGCAUAUUUACAUUCCGACGCUUACAUGCCGAUCUUUCACAGAGAUAUUAAAUCCACCAACAUUCUCCUGGAUGAGAAAUAUAGAGCUAAGGUUGCUGACUUUGGGCUUUCAAGAUCAAUACCCGUAGAUAAAACACACUUAACCACAAUAGUGCAAGGAACCUUCGGUUACUUAGAUCCAGAGUACUUCCAGUCAAGCCAAUUUACAGAUAAGAGUGAUGUUUAUAGCUUUGGCAUAGUUCUUGUGGAGCUAUUAACAGGAGAGAAGGCAAUAUCUAUACUCAGACACCAAGAGGAGAAGAGUUUAGCACUGUAUCUCGUGAAAUCAAUGAAAGGAAAUCGUUUGUUUGAGAUAUUAGAUUCUAGAGUCCUCGAUGAAGCUGACGAAGAUGAUGUUUUGGUUGUGGCUAAACUCGCUAAAAGAUGUUUGAAACUGAAUGGAAAGAAAAGGCCAACCAUGAAGGAAGUAUCACAUUGUUUGAGUGGGUUGCAUGAGAAACUUUCCACAGAAUCCUUGCACAGAAUUACGAAUACAAAGGAUAAUGGUCAUGAAUGAAAGGUGUUGCCAGUCUUAUAUCUGUGUUGUAUCUGUUUUCAUUGAUUGGUCUGUCUAGCAUUGAUGUAUGUGAAUUUAUUUAUAAGUGGAUAUCAAAUACCAUGUAUUCUGAUAACAGAAUAAGUAAUACAAGCUUCUAACCAGGUGCAUACGCGCCGGGCAUUUGUA